GAACUGAGUUGUGACCACUGUAGGUUUCCGUCCGGAAAAAAAAAUAAGCAAACCGCCCGUGGACCAGCAACAUGGCGUGGUCCGGUAAUAAGGCGGCUGUUGUGCUGUGUAUGGACGUGGGGGUUGCCAUGGGUAACUCCUUCCCUGGUGAAGAAUCCCCGUUUGAACAAGCAAAGAAAGUGAUGACUAUGUUUGUCCAGCGACAGGUAUUUUCUGAGAGCAAGGAUGAGAUUGCUUUAGUCCUCUUUGGUACGGACAGCACUGAUAACGCCCUUGCUGGUGAGGACCAGUAUCAGAACAUCACAGUGCGCAGACACCUGAUGCUACCAGAUUUUGAUUUGCUGGAAGACAUCGGAAGCAAGAUCCAGCUGGGCUCUCGACAAGCUGACUUCCUGGACGCCCUGAUUGUGUGCAUGGAUUUGAUUCAGCGAGAAACCAUAGGAAAGAAGUUUGGGAAGAAGCAUAUUGAAGUGUUCACUGACCUCAGCAGCCCCUUCAGCCAAGAUCAACUGGAUGUUAUAAUUUGUAACUUGAAGAAGUCUGGCAUCUCCCUGCAGUUCUUUCUGCCCUUUUCGAUCGGCAAGAACGGUGAGACUGGGAGCAGAGGAGAUGGCGGCUUGGGCUUGGACCACCACGGACCCUCCUUUCCUCAAAAAGGAAUUACUGAGCAGCAAAAGGAAGGCAUCCGCAUGGUGGAGAGGGUGAUGAUGUCUUUGGAAGGUGAAGAUGGGCUGGGAGAAAUCUAUUCCUUCAGUGAGAGUCUACAGCAGCUGUGUGUCUUUAAGAAGAUUGAGAGGCGCUCCAUGCCCUGGCCCUGCCAACUGACCAUCGGCCCCAAUUUGUCUAUAAAGAUUGUAGCCUAUAAGUCGAUUGUACAGGAGAGAGUUAAGAAGACCUGGAUAGCAGUGGACGCAAGGACCCUAAAGAAGGAAGAUAUACAAAAAGAAACCGUUUAUUGUUUAAAUGACGACGAUGAAACUGAAGUUUCCAAAGAGGACACCAUUCAAGUUCUGGACCGCACCCGUGAGAUGGUGCCAUCCUCUUUCAGGGUGGGUCUCCCUACCUCACUUAUCCUGGUGCAGGAACUUCCUCACAGGCACGAAGAAGGGCCUGCUGCUAAAAAAUGUAAGACUGAGAAAGAAGAAAGUCACAUCAGUGUCUCCAGCCUGGCUGAAGGGAAUGUCACCAAGGUCGGAAGUGUGAAUCCUGUUGAAAACUUCCGUGUUCUAGUGAGACAGAAGAUUGCCAGCUUUGAGGAAGCGAGUCUCCAGCUAAUAAGUCGCAUCGAGCAGUUUUUGGAUACCAAUGAGACACUGUAUUUUAUGAAGAGUAUGGAGUGCAUCAAAGCUUUCCGGGAGGAGGCCAUUCAGUUUUCAGAAGAGCCUCGCUUCAACAGUUUCCUGGGAGCCCUUCGAGAGAAAGUGGAAAUGAAACAAUUAAAUCAUUUCUGGGAAAUCGUGGUUCAGGAUGGAGUUACUCUGAUCACCAAGGAUGAAGGCCCGGGAAGCUCUGUCACAACUGAGGAAGCCACAAAGUUUCUGGCCCCCAAAGACAAAACGAAAGAAGACGCAGCAGAGCUUGAAGAAGGUGGUGAUGUGGAUGAUUUACUGGACAUGAUAUAGACCAUGGAUGUGUCGGGAAUCCAAGAGUGCCAUCUCCAUGUUGCUGAGAGCUCUGACAGAGAGCAUCCUGGAAGCCAUUCAGGGGGACCCGAAGCUCUGGCGAUCAUCUCAGCAGACAACUUGGGAGCGAAUCACCCCAAGUCUCUACAGAGUGACCACAUACACAUAUAUUACAAUGAAUAACUUAGACCCUAUCGAAAUUUAUAAAGAGUGACUAUUUUCUGUUUGGCAUAUUA